AUGUCGAAGACUCUCUCUCACGCCAAGAUCACGCCCCAUCGGUCGGGUACCCGGGGCCACUCGGAUCAUGGUUGGCUGAACACUUACCAUUCCUUCUCGUUCGCCGACUGGUACAACCCAAACUUUACGCAUUUCGGUGCUUUGCGGGUGUUGAACGAGGAUCGGGUCAAGUCCAACUCUGGGUUUCCUACUCAUCCGCACCGCGACUUUGAGAUCUUCAGCUACAUCCUGUCCGGCGAGCUCACCCACCGCGACAGCAUGUUGCAGAAGGGCGCCGAGGGCGGCCAGUCUGACAAGUUCUACCGCAUGCACCGUGGAGACGUCCAGUUCACCACUGGCGGGACCGGCAUUGCCCACUCCGAGUUCAACGAGCACCACAAGGACACUGUCCACUUCCUGCAAAUCUGGGCUAUCCCAUGGAAGCGCGGAUUGACGCCGAGAUACCACACCCGUCACUUUGACGAGGAGGCAAAGAGGAAGCAGUUCGUCCCUAUCCUGAGUCCCCUGAAGGGAGGCCCGGACGCGACAGCAGAACAAGAGAAGACUGCUGAGCCUACCAUUGCUGAGACUAUUCCUAUCCAUGCGGAUUUCGUCAUGGCAGCUGGAAUCAUUGCACCAAAGGAGAAAUUUGAGUGGAUCGUCGGGGCCAAGGCGACCGAGAGCAACAAACGAAAGGUUUAUGUGCACUUGCCAAUGACCAAGGGCGGCAAGGCGAAAGUUAGACUGGAUGGUCGGGACGAUGUUUUGAACGAAGGCGACGGAGCUUUCAUCGAUGAUGUGCGAGCCGGAGAUAAACUGUCAGUUGAGAGCGUAGGCGAAGUGGAGGCUGAAGUGGUCCUCCUAGAUACUGCGUAG